AUGGAUCCAUCGAUUUCACCAGCAUCUUCAGACAGCAGUUCUUCGUCUCCUUCUUCCACUAGAGGCCACAAGGUCCGUCCCAAGUCGACCAAUAAUCUUAAAAGAACGUCUGCCCGCAGAGAACUUAAACGCUCCAUCGAGAAGAAGUUUCGACUGCGUUACACCUCACUACAACAAGCCUAUGAGCAGCGACUAGAAGUACUGGCCGUGCGCGUCCAGGAGGUCGUGACUCAGCUGCAUGAGGACGCCACUAUCCAGUGUCUAAAGGAGAAUGCACUAACCCACGAGUAUGCGAGCGCUCGGCUAGGCGAAAUCGUCCACGAGUGUUUCUACGGGGAGAGAGAACGUUACGUCAAGGCAAUGAGCGACCAGAUCGCGUGGCAAGCAAGUGAUUUACGAGAGAUUCAGCAGAAACUACGAGUUGUGCAGAAGAGAGAGCACAACGCACAAAGGCAGUGGAGACUAGCGCAACGAGACAUUCAGGCACUACAUCACCAAUUGGAUGUGAGGGUGAAGGAGUUACAGGAGCAUAACAAACGGGAAAUAGACUUCAGGACGCGGUGUCGAGCUGUGAUUGCAGAGCGAGAUGCAGCGAGGAAGGAAGUGGACGUGCUGAAGCAGAAUGUACAGGCGAUCGAGACGUUGGAGCAGGAACAUGAAGCACUAAAAGGGAGAAUGCAACAAAAAGAGAAAGAGGGACUAGCUGCACGUGGCGAACUGGAUCGGAGUAUUAAACAGUUGCAAGAGGCGAAGAAUAAAUUGGAGCUGGAAAAGCAGGCGAGUGAACAAGAAGUGACUCAUUUAAAGCAUUUGCUGUCGAUGUCUGAGAGUAAAAUGUGCGAGGUAGCACAAGCCUUGCACCAAUUGCAGAGCGAGGAUUAUCCAGCCAAACUGGCACGUAUGGAAUCGGAACUUGCACAUCAACAGCAAAUGGCAACUCUUGCUGAAAAAGACCACGAGGAUCUGAAGAGAAGAUACCAAGAGUUCGGCGAACAGGUGGAGCAGUAUAUGAAUGAGCAGACGCAGGAAAAGGCCGCGAUUGCUUUGAAAGGUGAAGAGCAGGUAAAGCAGCUGCAGACUCAACUAGAGAUAGUUGGACGACAAGCUCAGGAUGCGCUUAAAACCAAGCAGAAUGAGGUCACAAGGGUGAUGGAUCAGCUGAAAUUUAGACAAGAAGCGUUGAACAAAGCGGAGAAGAAGCUUGCGUCACUCGAAGAGUCUGCGAAAGCGACGGAAGCUCAACAGGUCGAGACGAACCUGCGACAUGAGAAGCAAGUUGGAGGCUUGGAGAAGGAGAUCGUUCGGUGGCGACAUGCACUGGAAAAGGAGCAGGAGAAGGUGGCCAGUCUUCAGAACGCACUUGCAGAGACUAAAGACAAGUACGAGCGCAAGAUCGUGUCCCUUCAAGACGCUAUAACUCGGCAAAACCGCCAAGGUGCUCAAGAGAAAGAGCUGGAGGCUCGUACACGCUGGCAAAAUGAAUUUGUUGCGAAACAAGACGCGCGAAUUCAGGAGCUGAAGGAGAAAUACGAUACUGCGCUGGAGAACCAACAAGCGGAGCUGCUUCAAGCUCGGCAGAUGGCACUGGACACGGCGAAUGCUGCAGCUGCGAAGUGGGAGAAGGCAAAGCUCGCACAAAAGCAGGAGGAGGAUCUUGAAAGACGAAGAAGAGCUGAGGAUGCAGUUCGUGAAAAGGAUCGUAAGGAAGAGCAGCGAGCGCUCCAAAUGGCACAGAAGCGCAUGCAGCAAGAGUUUGAUGAGCGGGAGAAGCGCCUUAUGGAGCGUGAAAGAGCUUUAAUGGAGAAAGAGAAACGCGUGGAACGUCAACAAGAAGAGGCCAAGAAGACGGCAAGUUCCUUACCGAUAGCCUCUACACCGAGUGUCGUCGUCUUGAAUGUGAACUCCACUGAUGAAGAGGUUGACGAUAAUCAGGGCUCAGAGAGUGCACUGGUUAAAGUGGCCUCGAAAUCCCGUCGACACAGUGAAAAGUUUGGUCGACAAGAGGUGGAAGGAGGGAAUAAUAUUCCCUUAGCACAGCAUACAGCAGAGCUACAAGCGAAUGAAGCUCAAGCUGCUUUACGGGCGGAAGAGCGAGUGCAGAAACUCAUGCAGGAGUUCCAGGAACGCAAAGAGUCCGAGUUUCGAGCAGCGAUGGUGAAUGUGAGGAAGGGUAUUCAAAAACUGGAGGUCUCGUUAGAGGAAACGAGGGCGGAGAAGAAACGGAUUGAAGAGCAGCUACUGAGUGAACGCCAGGCUUUCGUUGCUCUGAAGAACGAGUAUGGAGAGGCCAAGGAUGCCAAGCGUACAGUCGUGCAGAGACUGGAGGAAGCUAACGAGAAUAUCGGCAAACUUCGGACUGUAGUAGGAGAUCUGCAAGCCAAGUGUCAGUCGCUCGAGGAGCAGUGCAAGUCCACAGUUGUUCAGAAAGAGGAGUGUGAGGCUAUAGCUGCUACUGCUCAGAAAUCGAACGACCACCUUCGUGAGCAGCUUACGCGUCUUACCGAAGCGGCUGCUCAUCUUGAAAACUCUCUGGACACGUCGGUGGAAUCAAGUGAACAGUCGAAGAAGGAAUUGCUAGACCGGAUUGCAGUACUCGAACACCAUAUUCAAGCUCGAGAAGAACAUUUCGAAGCGGAAAUGUCAGCUAUGGAGGAGGAAAAUACGCGCGAGUUGCGGAAUGUAUCUUCGCAGUAUGAUACGAAUCUCCGUAAACUGCAGGAUACAAUUGACACUGUGCAACAGGGAUAUAUGGAACAGGAAGCGAAGGCUAAGCAACUGGGAUCAACUGUGCGUGAGCUUACUGCUGCCAAGGAUUCUCUGUUGACUUUGGUGGAAAAUAUGAAGACCGAGAGCUCGAAGCAGAGAAAAGAUUUCGCUGAUCUUUCGCGAAUGCACAAGAACCUUUCUGAAUCGAUGAAUGGCCGUGUAAAUGCUGUAAACGAAGCUCUAGAAGAAGAGCGAAGUCGACGUGUUAGUGCUGAAAUGAGGGCACUAAAGGCAGAGAAACUUGCUGAGCAUAUCAAGAGCGAUCGAGAGAGAUGUUUGCGUACUUGUCGUCAGAACCUUCAGCAACUGGCGCGUGAAUGGAAGGAAGUUCGCAAAGGUGUUUCGAGUGAAAUGAACGUUGGCUGGGUGUAUUUGCAGAAGGAGCUUGCUGUGGCAGGUGUAGAGUGGAGAAAGCGCACAGAGGAGCUCUUACAGGAGGCUGAUACAGUGUGGACACGUAAAGCCAAGCAGGAUAAGCAAGAAUGGAAGAAACGUUUAAGUCAAAAAGACAAGGAAAUGGAUGGACUACUCUCAAGCCAGCGUGUAAACGACCAGACCAAAUACGACCAAGUGGUUGCCAGACUAGAGAAAAAGGCACAAGAACUGGAAGAGCUGGAGACGCGACUCACGACACAAAUGGAUUUAAACUCCGACUUACAACGAAGUGUGCAGAGACUUGAAGAAGACCAUAGACUUGGACUAGUGGAGCUGUCGAGCCUACAAGAGCGAUUAUCUGCUGCACAGAUUGCUACCCAACAAGAAACGAAAGAAAAGGAUCGAGUGAGUGCUCUUUUGAAGACGCAGAAGGCUAUGUGCGAUAAAUACCGUAGUUUUGCUUCUUCAGUGGCUAAACAAGGUGGAGCAGAACUCACAGACAGCGUAUUGAAUGACGAUAACGCGGACAUUGAGAACGAACACUCUGCUUGGAAUGUUCGAAUGUUUUCUGAUGAACUGACGAAGCUAGCAACGCGUCUUCAAGAAACACAAGCACAAGCGAUUCACAAGGCCAUUGCAGAGGCUACUGUGGACACAAAGGAAGGUGUGAGUGCGCCUUUGUUAUCGGAGUUGGAAGCUGCAAAAAGUGCUUUGAAGUUUUUGUGGGGCGAGACAACGCCUGAUACCGAUAAUGGUGAGUAUGAUGGGCACCUUCCAUGGUACGUCCGUGCUGCCCGGACGGUGAGAAAGGAGAGGGAUGCGCACGACCAAAUGGUGUCAACAAUGCAACGAGAUCUUGCUGCGAAAGAAGCGGAGAACAAGGAAAUAUUAGACAGCAAAAAGAAGUGGCAAGAAGCAAACAACUUGCUUCGCUUUGAAAAGGACACGUUGCUACGGGAGAUGGAGCUACUUCGACAGACAAUGCAGAAGCGAAAAGAACAAGAGUUACAGGAACUCCAGGCGGAGUGUAAUGUACGCAUCGAGCAAUUGAAGCAGCGCCAUGAUCGAGCAAUUAUGAAGUCUGACCAGGACUAUGAGACUGCGAUGAAUCAAUUGCGAGAUAUGCUGGAGUCGGAGCGACGAGCCACGAGCCAUGCGAAGAACGAGCUUAUCGAGUUGAAAAUGACAUUAGAACGCACUGAAGACGAAUUGAAAGAAGCGCAGCAAAAGCUGAACAAAGAGACUGAUGAACUUCGAGAAACUGUCAGUAAGUGGAAAAGGAAAGCCAAGUUAGCCAUGAAGAACGGUGGCACUGGAGUAUCAUCAAAGACGAACUUGCACAUGUCGUCAUCGUCUAUGGGAACGGAAGAGGACUCAGACGCAUCAUACCGCAUGAUGUAUCCACAGUCGCGACGAGCAUCCAACGCCAUGGCAGAUCUAUCGAGUCUCAUGGAGCAGUCUCUUGUCAGCAUCCGAAAGGAAUCAUUGGUGCCUCCACGUCGCCGAUAG